GCUAUAUCGCUGAAUAUGACCUCUAUCUGGCGUUUUAAACACCAAUCAAAAACAGUUAAUGUUGAAUGCAAAUAGAAAGCAACCAUUGUUAUGAGUGAAUGACGGACAAUCAACACGGGCAGCGGAGGCGUAGCCGAAGCACAAGCAAAACACUUGAAACGCAACAGAUAUGAAUUCCAAGAAAAGUGUAUUCGUGACUGGCGGUGCAGGAUUUAUUGGCAGUCACACAGUCAUAGAAUUGCUGCAAGCUGGAUAUGAAGUCAUAGUCAUUGACAAUUUUGUCAAUGCCGUCUUAGGUCAAAAAGGAGAGGCUCCAAGUCUUCAAAGAGCAGAACAAAUAACUGGAGAGAAAAUAACAUUUUAUGAAUGUGACCUGAUGGACAAAGCAAGACUAUCCUCCAUAUUUUCUCAGCACAAAAUUGAUUUCGUCAUACAUUUUGCUGCUGUGAAGGCAGUUGGUGAAUCGAUGCAAAAGCCAUUGUUCUAUUACAAGAAUAAUGUUGUCAGCACAAUAUAUCUUUUAGAGGUAAUGAAGGAAUACGGAGUUUAUAACAUGGUUUUCAGUAGCUCUUGCGUAGUUUACGGAAAUCCUCAGUAUCUGCCAAUCGACGAAGCUCAUCCCACAGGAAACGUCACAAACGUCUACGGGAGAACAAAAUAUGCCGUAGAGCAAAUGUUAGAAGAUAUAUGCCGGGCAGAAAAACAGUGGAAUAUUAUUUCGCUGAGAUAUUUUAAUCCAGUUGGUGCACACCCCAGUGGUCUGGUGGGAGAAGACCCUACACGUCCUUUUACAAAUCUCAUGCCAUUUAUUGGUCAAGUGGCGACUGGAAAAAAGGAUGAACUUGUAAUUUAUGGAAGUGAUUAUGAUACAGUGGAUGGUACAGGAGUUAGAGAUUUUAUACAUGUGAUGGAUCUAGCAACAGGGCAUGUAGCUGCUCUGAAGAAGCUUGAAAAAAAUUCCAGAUACAAGGUUUACAAUUUGGGCACAGGGCAAGGUGUAACAGUCGCUCAAUUGGUGGAAUGUUUUGAAAAAGUUAGUGGAAAGAAAGUGCCUUUUCGGUUAGCUGAUAGAAGAAGAGGAGAUAUACCAGCAAUUUGGGGUGAUAAUGGUUUGGCAGAAAAAGAAUUGGGUUGGAAAGCAGAAUAUGGAUUGAAAGAAAUGUGUGAAGAUUAUUGGAGAUGGCAAACUCUCAAUCCAGAAGGUUACAGAAGUAAACCACAUAAUGGAAAUUAGCUAUUAAUCUACCAUUCAUAAAGUAUUUAUUUUUCCACAUGAACUACCAAAGAAGAACAAAUCUACUUUGAUAGAAACAUUAAUUGAAUGCAUCAAUCAAUUUAGCUACACAAUCAUGAUUUUUGUUAAUUACAUAAAUGUAUUUCUGUUAAGAAAAAGUAGAUUUAUUUAUUGCACAGGAAAGUAUACAUGUUCAAAUAACAGUAAACUUCAAGUAUAUUUCAUAUUGAAAAGACUUCACGAAUCAAUUUAAACUGAAUACACAAUAUGUUUGUUGUUUAUCAAAUUAUUUAAAUAUUGGUAAAUAAAAUUCAUGGAACAUAAGUUGAA